AUGGCAGUGGCUGGAUGUCCUGAUUAUUUCCUGCAUCAUCCUAAUUAUCAGCAGGACAACAUCGAUCGGUCCACCAAUCAUAGACAAGCAAACCUCAUUGGGCAGGGCUUCCAGCAAUCAACCAACCACAAUUUGCCAAACCAUCAAGAGGAUGAUGUUGAUCUGGAGGCCCUGGUGAAUGACAUGAAUUCUUCACUAGAGAGCUUAUACUCCACAUGCAGUGCCCAGCAAACAGAUUCUACUUUGCUACUUCAAAAUGGAAAGACCUCAGCAUCCUCCCAGCAACACCACAACCACCAUCGCCCUCAUGCACAGCACACCCAACUGCGGCAGGGUCACCAUGGGCUCGGCCAUGCCUCUCCAGAACCACCAUCCACCACCUCCACAGACCUACCCCAAGCAAGCCUACGGCGGUCACAGCCCAUGCAUAUCCUGGCUGUCCGGAGGUUGCGAGAGGAGCAGCAACAACUCAGGACAUCCUCACUCCCUGCCAUCCCCAACCCCUUUCCUGAGCUCUGCAGUCCAGCCAGCUCGCCUGUACUCGGUCCUGGGUCACUACCUCCAAGAGAACCCUCCACAGGCAUAUAUAUUGUUAAGGUCUCAACUGAAGACGGCAUGGGCAAAGUGGUGGAGAUCCCAGCCGACAUGACAGCCAGGGACCUUUGCCAGCUCCUGGUUUAUAAAAGCCAUUGUGUAGACGACAACAGUUGGGCACUUGUUGAGCACCACCCGCUGCUGGGUCUAGAGCGCUGUCUAGAGGAUCAUGAGUUGGUGGUACAGGUCCAGGCUUCCAUGAGCAGUGAUGCUAGAUUCCUCUUUAGGAAGAACUAUGCCAAAUAUGAAUUCUUCAGAACUCCUCUGACGUUUUUCCCAGAGCACAUGGUUGCAUGGUGCCAGGAAACCAAUCGUCUGAUUCCGCCAUCGCAGCUCCUGCAGAACUUUCUAGCAACCAGUAGUUGUCCAGAGAUUCAGGGUUAUCUGUAUGUAAAAGAGGUGGGCAGAAAGUCGUGGAAGAAAGUUUACAUGUUCCUGCGGCGCUCAGGACUUUACUGUUCUACAAAAGGAACCUCAAAGGAGCCCAGACAUCUCCAUUUACUAGCAGACCUUGAAGAUAGUAACAUCUUCACUGUCAUCACAGGAAAAAAGCAGCACGGUGCACCCACAGACUAUGAGUUUUGUAUCAAGCCUAAUAAAUGCAGAGGGGAGUUAAAGGAUUUAAGGAUUCUGUGUGCUGAAGAUGAACAAGGGAGGACAUGUUGGAUGACUGCCUUUAGAUUAUUUAAGUAUGGGAUUAUAUUGUACCAGAAUUACAAGAUUCCCCAGCAAAGAAAAACCCUGCUUUCACACUUCUCAGCACCCGUGCGAAGUGUGUCCGAAAACUCUCUGGUCGCGAUGGAUUUUUCAGGAACAAUAGGCCGGGUCAUCGACAACCCUGUGGAAGCUCAGAGCGCCGCUAUGGAGGAGGGACUGGCAUGGAGGAAGAGGAAUCACCGUAUGAACAUCUCAGGUUCCCACAGUCCAUUACAUCACUCCUCACUAAACUCAGUCAUUCACAUAGCCCAGCUGUGGUUCCACGGCAGAAUUACCAGAGAAGAAUCUCAUCGCAUUGUCCAUCAGCAGGGUCAAGUCGAUGGCUUGUUUCUUCUACGAGUCAGCCAGAGUAACCCCAAGGCUUUUGUUCUCACAUUGUGCCAUCACCAGAAAAUCAAACAUUUCCAGAUACUACCGUGUGAAGAGGACGGACAAGUCUUCUUCAGCCUUGACGAUGGUGCCACCAAAUUCACCGACCUGAUCCAAUUGGUGGAGUUCUAUCAGCUCAACCGAGGAGUGCUGCCUUGUAAACUCAAACACCCCUGCACCGUUGUGGCCUUAUGA